AUGGACGGCGCUGAUGCCGGAGGUCAUCGCGAGGGGAAGCAACCGGCGGCGGGUGGCGACGCGGAAGGCAGCCCCGCGGCGGGUAGCGGCGCUCUCGCCGCGACUGGCGCUGUUCUCUUACAAGGCGACUCGCUAAAAAGCUUAGGCGUGACCGAGGGCGAUCUGCUAGUGAUGGGCGCACAAUCAGCAUCAGAAGCAGCGGAAGCAGCAGCAGAGGCGGCAGCAGCGGGCAUUGGUAACAACGGCAUGUGGGUGAGCGCGCUCACGUACUGCCCGCACGUGCUCUCCGCUGACGCAGACGCUGCGCUGCUGCCGCCGCACUCCGUUCCGCCCUUCGACUCGCUCUGCCACAGUUGCAAGGACGGUUCCGAGAACUGGGUGUGUCUGACGUGUGGAGUGGUGGCGUGUGGCCGGUACGUGGGCGGCCACAUGCUGCAGCACGUCACUGAAACAGCCCACCCACUGGCUGCUGGCUUCAGGGACCUCUCCGUGUGGUGCUUCCACUGCGACUCAUAUCUCGAUGCCAUCCGCAUCCCUGCCCUAGAACCCCUCUUCACCGCCCUGCACCUCGCCAAGUUUGGCCAACCGCCUGCAAAACCACCCUCGUGA